AUGAAACCGCUUAGUGUAUAUUAUUGUGAUGAAAUAAAAAAAUGGCUGAGGGAGCAUGCUAACGAGCACAGAGUAGUUACACAAUUUCAAAUUGCUUCACUGUUUGGAAAAGCUUAUUUGAAGGCAUCUACUAUGCCAACAGCAAUAAACGCCUUCAGAGCAACUGGCAUAUGGCCAGUUGACUCCAACACAUUUAAUGAGCAUGAUUUUCUAGCUAGUGCAGCUACAGACAUUGAUUUGGGUGAUACAAUUUAUAGUAAUAAUCAACACAAUAUUACAGAUAUGAAUACAAUUCAACUAGAAGUUCCUGAUCCAGGCCAAAAAGAAAGUAUUGCAACAGAUAUAUCAACAAAUCAAAACUCACCAGGAUGCUCUUAUCGGAAAAAUAAUGCUGAAAAAAUAUUUCCUAUGUCUUCUCCUGAGGAUAUUUAUCCAAUACCUAAAAGCUCAAAAACCACUGCACGGUGUUCUAAGAGAAGAGGUAAAACAGCAAUCCUUACUGAAUCUCCCUAUAAAAAUGAACUUUUAGCAGCAAACUCAAAGCCACCGACUUCAAAGAGUUCAUUGUUUUCGAAUAAAAAAAAAACAAAAAAAACAAGGAGAGUUAAAACUAAGAAACCAGUUCCCAGUGAUGUCGAUGAGAACUGUCUAUACUGUGGCGAGUCAUAUUUAAUAUCAGUUGAUGGGUGGGUUCAAUGUUCCAAAUGCAAGUUAUGGGCACACUGCCUUUGUGCGGGCAUCGAUGAAAAAGAUAAAGAUGCCUUAUUAACCUGUGAAUUUUGCUCUUAA